AGUAUCCCAUUGUAUUGAAAAGUUUGACGGCAACGCUUGUUUCGAGAAUGGAUAGUUCAAGUGAGGUAAAGGAAGAAAAAUCUGUAACAGAGAAGAAGACAUCCUUCGAACCACCUAGGCUGCUGACGCUUUUGAAAAAGUAUUUCAAAAUGUCGGGCGUCCUCUUAGGGACAUGGUUUGCAGGCUAUAUGCAGUUUUCUACGAGUUGGAUCUUGCUUGGCUUGUUUUUUUAUAUGGCUCACCAGGAAUACACAAGAAAAAAUGAAAUUCGUUUGGAAUAUGCGAAGCAGGCUGUGCGGGAUGAAAGAGCAGCUAUAACAAAUAGAUUGGACGAGCUACCCUCUUGGGUAUUUUUUCCCGAUGUAGAAAGGGCGGAGUGGUUAAAUAAGAUGAUCAAACAGAUGUGGCCAUUCAUUGGGGAAUACGUUCAAGAUCUGAUAAAAAAUACUAUAGAACCUUCCAUUAGUAACUCGCUACCAAAGUCAUUGAAGCCUUUUCGUUUUGAAAGGGUUGACGUAGGAGAUACACCCCCCAGAAUAGGUGGCAUAAAAGUUUAUACGGAUCAUGUACGACGAGAUGAAAUAAUUCUUGACAUGGAAAUCAAGUAUUUUCUUGAACAAUGGACUAUUCAUAUCUAUCCAGUUUAUUUUCAGUUUCACAAGCGAUUCCGAAAUAAAAGUGACCAUAAAAGGAUUUCAGGCCGGUAUAAAGAAUCUCCAAGUGCAUGGUCAGCUGAGAUGUCUUUUCAGUCCACUAAUUGGCAAAGUUCCUCUGAUUGGUGGUUUAAGUGUUUUUUUCACAACUCGACCAGUUUGUUUUCCUUAUAUUACGUUUUUAAAUGCCAUAUAUUUUUUUUUAUAAAGACAGUUGACUUCGACUUAACAAAUGUUGCAAAUCUUUUGGACUUUCCCCUUCUAAACGAUACAAUAAGAUCUGUAUUAGAAGACCAACUUGCUUACUACUUAGUGAAUCCCAACAAAUAUUCCAUAUCUCUCGGACACGGUAUCGAUCUCAAUAAACUCAAGUAUCCAGUUCCACAAGGAGUCAUUCGUUUACAUGUUUAUGAAGCUCGAGACUUGAAAAAAGCAGAUUUUAAUUUAGUAGGCAAAGGCAAAUCUGAUCCAUAUUGUAAUAUUUAUGUUGGCGCUCAAAAAUAUAAAACGAAGGUCAUCAAUAAUACGUUGAAUCCUCAGUGGGAUGAAUAUUUUGAGGCAAUCGUUGAACACAAACAAGGCAUGUUUAUUGACAUUGACGUGAUGGAUCAGGAUCCAGGUGAAGAUGAUGAGCUUGGAAGUAAGAGUAUUGAUGUUCAAAUGGUUGCUAAUCAAGGGCUUAUGGAUACGUGGUUACCUUUGGAUGAAGUUGAAACGGGUAUGAUUCAUUUAAGAGCUCAGUGGGUCUAUCUAUCCAAAAAUCCGGAGGACCUAGACAAUACUACUAUGGAAUACAACUCUCGUGGCAGCAAAGAAGAACAACUGUCAACAGCUAUGCUCAUGGUUUAUGUUGACUCUGCAAAAAACUUAAUUAGGCAGAAAAAAGGAAUGUCAGAACCUAGUCCACAAUGCAAGCUUUCCCUUGGAAAUAAGACUUAUACAGGCAUUUCUAGAUCCAGGACAUCAAAUCCCGUAUUCGAAGAAAGCUUUAACUUCUUUGUCCUAGACAGUAGACAAGAAGCUUUGGAACUUUCUAUUACUGAUUCGGCGGCAUCUGGAAAAUUAUUGGGGCAAAUGACAUUUGGUUUGAGUUCUCUGCUAGAUGCUCCGCAUAUGACCAUUAACAGACCAUUUACUUUGCUUGAUAAGUAUAAAAAAUCGUUAGCUAAAUCGUGUACUGUGACUUUGAGAUUGUGCUUGAGAAUUUUAGUUUCUCAGAAGCCAGAAGAUUGGGCUGUGGAUAACAAUGAAGAAGUAAAUAGCUUUGAAAAGAUCCCAAAUGUGUCCAACAACAACAUUGAAGAAAAAUCUGACGCAAUUACCAAAGAAGUGGAAAUAGUAGAUGUGCCCCCAAACCCACUCCCAGAAAGUAAAUGCAGUGUUGAAGAUUGUGAAAUUCGACUCCGCAAUAGAGGAAAUGCAAAUACAUCGAAUUUGGGAAUGAUUCAAUUAACCUUAAAAUAUUCUCAGCAAAGAGAAAAAUUAAUUGUAGCAGUUCACAAGUGCAUGAAUCUUGUCGGGUUAGAUAGCAACAAACUAUCUGAUCCGUACGUACGGCUUUUUCUUGUUCCGGACGGUUCGAAAGUGAAAACAAGAGUUAUAAAGGAUAAUUUAAAUCCUAAUUUUGAUGAAAAAUUCGAAUGGAGCUUGAAAGAAAGUGAAAUCUAUAAUAGGACCCUUUUGGUUGACGUCAAAAAUGAAGUUGGAAUGUUCAGUAAGUCCCAAACUCGAAUGGGACAAGUGUGCAUUCCACUCUCUUCAAUUCCAAAUUUAUUUGAGGCUGUCACAGAAUGGUUUUAUUUACUAGAGCCCUUGGAAAGUUCUCCAAAAUCAGAUAAACACUAA